AUGAUUGAAAGGUAUCUAAUAGUUUCGCAAAGCCUACGAAUGUUGUCAUUUUUUUGUGUUGUCGCUUCCGCUGCACUAGCAGCGGCUACGUCCCUGCAUAUUCAAGGCCACCGCAACGGACCUCUUAUCUUACAAGAUGCGGGCGACUUCUUCGUCGGCGGUCGCGAAGUGAAGACUCUAGUAAAUACUGGCGACCGCUCAAACCCAUUGUUUGAUUAUCCUCCAGAAGACUGGAUAUUCGUGGACCAAAUGUACGUGGAGUACCAAAUUCCGAUGAACGGAACCAACCACCUCCCAUACAUUCUUGUCCACGGCUGCUGCCUCAGUGGGAAAACAUACCAAGAUACGCCUGACGGUCGCAUGGGCUGGGCCGAAUACCUCGUACGGAAAGGCCACCCCGUCUAUAUACCCGAUCAGACAUCUCGUGCACGCUCUGGUUUUGACCCGACCAUUUUCAAUCAAGUUCAGCUUGGAGAAGUGGCCCCAUCGGCCCUGCCAAGAAUUGAGAUCGCCGGUCGACAGCGUGCCUGGGAUCUCUUCCGCUUCGGGUACACUUACCCCCAGGUUUUCCCAGGCCUGCAAUAUCCCAUAGAGGCUAUGGCAGAACUCUCCAAACAAGUGAUCCCGGAUCUAAACGCCAUGCUGCCAAAUCCGAAUCCCACAUACGCCAAUCUGGCAAGCUUGGCUAGUAAGGUACAUGGUGCGGUGCUAGUUGGGCACUCCGAAUCAGCGUUCUUCCCUUUUUAUGCAGCCCUGAAUAAUUCUUCGGCUGUCAGGGGCAUUGUUUCAAUCGAGGGACAGUGUCCCACGCUUACGGACGAGGAGAUAGCUGUGCUGGCGACAAUCCCUACAUUAUUUGUUUAUGGCGACUACCUUGAUCAAGCGAAGGUUUCUCGCAGAGUUUGGCCGCAGUCACUUCAGGGUUGUCAGGCUGUUGUGGAUCGGCUUACUGCUGCUGGGGGGAGAGCUUUUAUGGCGGAACUACCGAAACUGGGUAUCUACGGGAAUAGUCAUAUGAUGAUGCAGGAUAAGAAUAAUCUCCAGAUUGCGGAUUUUAUCAUGGAUUGGAUAGAGGAGAAUGUAGAUAACUAA